AUGACGAGGAACCUUGCGAAGCCCACCAUCACGUCGCCCGGGUUUCUGUCGCUUCACUCAUAUACACAAAUCACUUACACCAUCAACAACCUCAUCUACCUAACACCAAACCCAAUCUACUCCAACACACACAAAUCAUCUCAAACCUCCACAACUCAUUUCAUCACAAUGGCCGCCUUCACUCUUCUGUUCACUCCCACCACCGCCGUCUACGGACGCUCAGGCUACAACAAGGACGGCGACGACGAGGAGAAGAACGACCGCGGCCGCUCCGGAUACAACAAGGACGGCGAUGACGACGACGAGGGCCAGAACAAGGGCCGCUCCGGCUACAACAAGGAUGGCGACGACGAGGAGGACAAAUAG